AUUUUCUUAGUUAAUCGCGUUUAUUCAUUUCGUCAUACACUGAUGUUCUACUGCAAUACUGGGAAGCAUAUAUCGUUGCAAAGCAACUAACUUAAUAUAUUCAUGACCGCAUUUUCUCAGGACAUAUGAGCAAACACACUGACGGGUCGCAGUCUAGGGAUUUAGUAUGUUCUUGUAAUGACAAUACCCACUGUGUAUCAGAAUCACAUUUUAGAUCAAAUAAAAAGCGUAGCAUCAUGGGUAGCUGCAAAGUUAAUUCUGAUGGACAUUGUUACACUGCACGGGCGAUCAAUAUUGACGCCUUAGGAAGGUAUCUUCGGUCCAAAGUGAACUCUGAAGCUGAUUCACUCACGAUGAACGUUAAUCCAACCAAGCUAAAUAGGUUUAUCCAUGUUGUAUACGGCUGUCUAGAUUCACACGACAAAACGAUACUGGCUUGCAACAGUCAUCUUACUAAACACGCUGUCCCUCAGGCCAUUGAAUGCUGUAAUUCCAGUAAUAUGUGCAAUACAAAUCUUUUUCCAAAAUUUUUGCACCAUAAUACGGACAUGGAUGCCCUCAAGACCGCCUUCGAACAUCUGGAAAAAAGUAAUAUCCUGGGUAGGGAGAGUGCUGCGAAUGGGAACCUGCGUUUAAAGCCACACAUGAAUGUCGGGCCGGAUAUGUUGAUCGGUGGUUCUGCGCGUGGAAGCUUGGCUUAUGAUAAGCUGAGAAAAAAUUAUUUGUGGGGACAACAACUGACUCCUGAAAACAGAGCCCAGUAUCUUUUUCAUGUCGUUCUGAUUGUUACUUUCAGUUUGGUUUUCGUUGUGCUAUUUCUUGUCCUUGCAUCUGUUUGCUGUGUGUAUAAGCGUCGCGCACAAAAAAGGAAGCUUAAUUUAUCUGUGUCAAACACCGAAAGUUCUGUAUUUAGGCUUUCAGGGGCAGCAGUAGUCUGCGACGCCAAGUUCAUGAACAGAUUGCCACAUAAUAAAUGCUUUAAAACAACUUAUCCUGUUCCUGCGAAAUUUGACAGGUCGAGUAAAGUAAAAGAUGGUUCCAGUCCACACACGCUGAUGACGGAUUUAACGCACAACUUCGGCAGCAGCAUAAUUGAAAAAUCCCACUAUUCAACAGAUCCAUUAUCGAGAAGCGGAUUAUUGCAUCUGAUUCCUCAAACAGUCGCUAGACAAAUAACUUUGGACAGUCUUUUAGGUGUUGGACGUUUUUCAGAUGUUUGGACAGGUAGGUUACAAGAUUUUUAUUUCAAGCCUAUGAUAUGCAUCCUUUUGGUUCUUAUCAUAGCAGUAUGAAGAUACUUGUCAAAUAUUUUGUCUUAGGGUUAUGUGGUAAUUUGAUCUUGUAGAUUAUUCCGUUUAUGGAUUCUUUCUAUGCGCUUACAAGAUUAUGUGGUUUACUUCCAUUGUAUUUAAGUCUAAUUUUUGUCGGAUGUGUUGAGACCGAUUAGCGACACUAUGUAGACCUCAUAAUUCACUAGCUACUUUUCACAUACCUACUGAAAGCCACCUUUUAGAUGAGUAGGUAAUUCAUUAGUUUUAUAGAAACCUAUACAAAGUGUUUCAAAGAAUGCUCUAGUGAAUAUCGGGUUGAUGUUUGGGACUAACAGCGAGGGGUGAAAUACUUUAAGGACUGCAAAUAACUUCACAUCUCUGAUUUAGUACAUUAAAUUUAAGUUUCUAAUUUUGGUAGUGGUGGAAAAUUCUUUAGACUUUCACUAGGUUAGUUGGUCAUCGUAUGCAAAUCUGAAGUUCUUUGACGCUCUUUUACGUGUAUUUGAAAUAUGACGAGGACAAAAACCGCAUGUUUUAUGGCCACAGUUAUCGCAGCAUCACAUAUGAAGUCAGUGUGAUCGGUGUGAAGGUGAUACAAUAUGAAAUAAGAAAACUACUCGGGAACUGGAAGGGAGAACGAGUUGUUGCAAAAGUGUUUAGAACAAAUGACAGAUUGACCAGGAAUAUAUGGCACCGUGUUGUUUUGUUACACCGUUCAAUGUUACUUCGACAUCAAGGAGUGCAUGGUUUGAUGGCUGUCGAUUGGUUGGAUUAUCCUACAGAAGCCCAUCUCUCCAAGCUUAAAAGAUACUUUUCUGAUUCUCUUCCAAAGGUUACAUCACCAUGUGCUUUACUUGUCGGGGAGAUAUGUGUAUAUGGCACAUUAAAGGAUUUGUUUUCGCAUGGUGAUCGCAUUCUAAACUCAUUUAGCCAACCACAGGAUAGUGCAGACCCUAAUUAUUGUUGUACGACGUCGACUACCAAUGACUGGUUUUCCAUUAUGCAUAAUCCAGGUGGUGUGCGUCUGCGCAUGCUGCUAGAAGUUGCAAACAGUCUGGUGCAAGGGUUAUGCUUUCUUCACUCAGAAUUUGCUGGUACACGAGGAAAACCAGCUCUUGCUCAUCGAGAUUUGAAACCGUCUAACAUAUAUAUCCGGUCGGAUUGGUCAUGUUGUAUUGGUGAUAUUGGAUUAGCUGUUCGAUCGCCACCGUGUCCAUUUCCAGUUUCCAUGGAUCGAUUGUACACGCUUUAUAAACAUUAUGCAGAUUAUUCUACAAAAUACUCACAUUUUAGCAAUCAGUGCUCCGAAAUCCCUACUUCGGAACGGUUAGGGAGUGAUUUCCCAUUCGAACAUAAUUCAGUUCAUACGACACAGAAAGAACCUCUGAUGGUAUCUAAUCACAUGGAUAGAUCAUAUGAUUCUUGCAACCAGAAUACAGGAACCUGCAAUAAAUGGGACUAUAUUCUAGAGGAUCCUGUAGAUAAAUCUCGUUUUGACAGAUUAGAACUUUUGAACUGGUGGCCAAUAGGAGGUAUUCAAAUUGGAACACCUCGUUAUCUAGCACCAGAGCUACUAGCCAAAUCAAUCAAUCCAUUUUGCUUUGAAUCCUAUCAGAAAUCUGACAUAUAUGCAUUAUCAUUGAUUUUAUGGGAAGUUGUCAGUUGGGCUUUGCCUAAAUCUAUCUGGUCAGAUCAACAUUUCUCCAAUGUAUCUCACAUACCUGAUUGUGCAUCAUCUAGAAGACAAUCAUCCGUUGAUUCAAUGAGCUUAACCAAUUCAAAUUCAUCACUUGUGUCUAAAUUAAAUACUAAUGGAUAUUCGUCAGUUUAUUCACCAGUUUAUCAAAAUGAAUGGUUGAAAUUGUUAAAAUGUACCAUGAAUUUCAAUGAUGGGUAUGAGAUUGUAAAAUCAUCUUCGGAUUUACUAAAUUGUCCAAUGAUACAUUCUUGUUAUUGUUCUGAUGACAUUUUAAAUAGGUCUGGAUAUAUGUAUAAAACAAAUACAUCACGAUAUUUAGCGAAUAAGAUUCUUGUGGAUGAACAACUGAAAAAUAAUGAACCAGAUCUGAAAACGAUGUAUCAUUUAGUGUGUGAACAGCAAAUUAGACCUCAUUUACCAUCAUUAUCAUUUCCAGUGAAUAUAAAUGAUGCAGUAAAAACUGUUGAGUAUUACUCUCAACAUACUCAGUCAUUUUGUCACAAUAUGAUGACACACGUUGUACAGUUACACAAUGAUAGUACCGUGGAUGUAAUUCGUGCCAAUGAUGAAUUAGCACCUACAGUUUGUCGUGAGUGUUCUUCUUCUGGCGCAUCAUCUUUACAAAGUAACCAUACUAAUCUAGACGGAGACAGUAAACAAUCAAAUAAUCAUAUCCAAUUAAGAAUUAUGAAGUUACAAUAUUUGGUCGCCAGUCAAUUCGCACUGUUAUUACCAGAGUGUUGGUCAGAUGAUCCAGAUUCCCGUUUAUCAGCACUACGCAUUAAGAAGCGCAUACAACGUAUCUAUGAGUUAAUAGACAGUCUAGUGAAUAAAUCAUCAAUUUAUACUGAUGUUGCUGUGAAUACUGAAAGUGGAAAGUGUCAGUCUAUUGCUGGAAAUCUAAGGGAAACCUGUACAAAUGAAUCAUCAACUCUUGUAAAUAGAACUUGAAAUCUGUAGAUUCUGUACACUGUUGUUUUACUCUUAUUUCUAUUUUGAAGUUAAUUUAAUUUUAUAGAAUAAUUCUUUCUUUCUUCUUAUAAUUUGCUGUAUAAAUGCUUCUGAUGUACAUAAAUGUAACGGAUCAGUUGAUGUUUACCUGUUAUCAACUGUAAUUAGGUAACAUUUUUCAUUUUCAUGUAUUUUCCUGUAACAAUAUCAUUCAUAUUGUAUAUAUAGUUUGGUACUAUCUAAGUUCCACUUCUUUCCCUAUAUAUAUUCAUAGUUAUAUUCAUAAAUUUCUCGAGUUCUAACCUUUGUGUAUAAACUUUGUAUUGUUGUGGUUGUUAUUAGUUUCAUUCUUGUCCAGUAAUAUUAUUCACUGUGGUAAUGAUUAUGUCAGAUAUAAACUAUUAGUAGUCAUGUGAUUGUACUAUUUUAAUUUUCCUUCCUUCUUAUUUCCUAACAACUUUAAUUGGAAAACUGUCUUCAUUCUUUAUUUAUUUCUAUUAUUCAGUGUAUUUUUUUCAUCUGAUAUGAUAUGGUGACUUUUUAAUGUUGUUUAGGAUAUUUCUUUUUGAAACAAAAUAACCAAUAAGAAUAAAUAAUCAGCUGUC